AUGGUAGUGGCAUUGUCGAUCACGCUCACCCUACUAGUGACGCUUGUCGUGGCUCUAUCGUCACACGGUGCAUCGCUUGAUCGCUAUGCAGCCGAUGGUGAUGUGUCGGAUGAAUGCACCGUGGCCUUUGAUCGAGGGCUUGCUAUUGGCACGCGCCGUAAAACGUUCGGUGGGAUGGCUUAUUGCGCCUAUGAGGGUAUACCGUACGUGCAGCCACCGAUCGGGAAGCUCCGGUUUGAGGACCCUCAGCCGUACCACUUCGAGGGGGCUCGAUUUUUCCGGAACGUCUCGAAGGCAUGCCCACAAGCGUUCACCGAUGACAUAUAUAAGCUGGAAACGAGCGAGGACUGUCUGUAUCUGAACGUGUACACUCGCAAGCAGGGUUUAUGGAGUACGAAGCAGAACUCAUCUAGGUCAAUGAUGCCGAUACUGCUGUGGAUCCACGGUGGCUCGUUCGUCGUGGGCUCUUCCGAGACAGACAUCUUUGGGCCGGAAUUUCUGGUGGAGAAGGGCAUCAUCGUGGUGACGUUCAACUACCGGUUGGCCAUGCUCGGGUUCCUCUCACUACCCGACCUCGGCAUCAACGCAAACCUUGGCCUGCUGGAUCAGCUCGAGGCUCUCCGGUGGACGGUUCGAAACGCGGCCAGCUUCGGAGGUGACGCGUCUCGAAUCACUCUGUGCGGGUGGAGCGCCGGAGCAGCCUCGGUGACGUACCAUCUCUACUCACCCGCCGCCAAGGGCCUAUUCCACAACGCGAUCAUCAUGAGUGGCACCAUGACGCAAUCGUGGGCCUUCGACUACGACCCGGACCGGUGCGGGCGCAAGUACCUGCAGGCGAAUGACGUAACGAGCCACGAGCAGCUCCAGGACCUACCACUCGACCAGCUGAUGGAGUUAAGCCACGGGUCCCGCGUCAUCUACUUCUCGCUGUACCACUUUUGCUUCAUGCCAUCGGACGAUAGCUACCGGUUGGAGCCGGACCUGCGGUUCGUCGGUAAGGAUCCGUUCGAGUUGGUCCGCUCGACCGCUCCCGUGAGCGAUGUCCCGCUGCUCGUGGGCUACACCGCGCUUGAGCAGAGCAACCUUUACUACGAUGGGGACUUUUCCAACACUUCGGCCAACUUCCCGAACACUAACGCGACCGUGUACGAGCUGAUAGGGAAGUACUUCGAUAGGUGGGCUACUGCCGCGGGCAACAGGUCGAUGUCACGGCGUCGCUUCUACCAGGAGCUCGUAGGCAUUUCGGACAUUAUCUACGGUAUACAGUACUUCAUCCGGCACACCGCUACCCACCAGAAAGCGCCCCUGUACCGCUAUCUGUUCGCGUAUGAUGGCGCGUUUGGAUACGCGAAGAACGUGUACUACCGGAACCAGCUAACGCGCCCGAACCUGACCGGUCCAAUGCACGGGGACGAUCUAGGUUAUCUGUUCACACCGUACUUGUACCGGGGGAAGGACCAGCAGGACAUCGUCGAUGCAGGUUAUCAGACGGAACGCCGCGUCCAGCGCCGGAUGCUGCGCCUGUGGUCAAACUUUAUCAAGUACGGGAAUCCAACCCCCGAACCUGAACCAGGCCGGGACCGCAACGACACCGAUGGAGGGCGGCAACCCGUGCGAUGGUAUCCGUACAACGAUCCGGAUCCGAAGCGAGCCCGGCACUACCUUCGUAUCGGUCGGCGAAACCAGCUGCUACCGGAAGCGGAUGAGGCGAACCCGUUACAUCAGAUCUGGAAGCCCGUGUUCCAGUGUCUGUACGAGUUCGAUUGCGAUUUCUUGAGUGCCGAGGUCGACGAUUGAUCGUGGCGCCUUCCGUGCUGGGUGUGAUGUUGGUUUGUUAAGAGGAUUUUGGCCAUCCCGCCGGUGCCCCCGGAAAUGGAGCUCGCCCGGUUCGCUCGGAUCGUUAGCACCGUUUACGAUGCGACGCGACGAUCUGUAAUCAAUGUGCGAAAGUAAUAAAGAUCCUGCGGAGAACGAUGGCAUGGUUUUGCGAAAAUGCGUGUCGCCUGGCGCUGAUGGCGUGCGGUGGAUUUGCUAUUCGGUGGCUUCUUCCGCAACGUGCUGGUGACUUUCCGUCAAAGGAGCUUACGCGAGUGAUGUGCCGAGCUUGAAAAUGCGUGUUAACAAAGGAAAAAGGAAAGUAAAAAAAAAUAUUGUAUGAAUGGCGCCGACAAAAGGAAUUAUAUUGUUAUGUAUUCUGUUUAAGCGACGCAUCGAAGCAA